AUGACGCUCUUGGGCAAGGACGCGGACCCGGCCGAGGUGACUGUCCAUGCGACGGGCCUCUCUUCGUCCCCGCCAAAAGUGUUGGCCGAACGACAGCAGCACGUGAGCGUCGGUCAAAUGCUCCAGCGCCAACACCGCGGCUCGGUCAGCGACUUGGAGCCCGUUGCGGCAGUAACAUCCAGCGGCACCGUCGCCGACAUCAAGAAGGCAGAGCCGGCACCCACACCCGUCAUCACGCCCUCCGUCGUCCCCAAGCUCACGGACCACGUCCGCAACUUUCGUCAAGUGCUUCAGGAGCUGGUCGCGCAAGGGGCCAUUGUCACCAACAACAAGGCGCUGUACACGCAGCAAGGCAACUUGGCGUUCUACACGCGGAAAAACGUCACUCGGCGUCUGCAGCUGCGCCGACACCCGGAGCUCAUUCGGCUCAGUAAGCUGUUUUGGGCGACCGUGGUGCCGUCGAUGGUCGAGACCAUGGACUUUCACCGCUACGAGCAAAUUUUUCUCCGGAUCCACAAGGUGCUUGCCAAGAUCUACCGCGUCGAAGCCGGUGCCAUCAACCUCGAGGACGACUGGCGACGCGACACGAACGGCAAUUGCCGAGGCUUGAGCUACGAGCUCUUCCACGCGGCACUGUUUGAAACCAUUGAUAUUUGGUGCAACUCGGUCAAGGUCCAAGAUUACAUCAAUCUUUUGGCGUCGCUUCUCGAUGGUAUCACGCGCCUGAACAAGGAAGACAGCGCCUUUCUCAAAUCCCUUCGAGACAUUCGUGCACUCGAUACAAAAGCUCGGCCGCUCUCAGCACCGUCGGCGCGAGCUAAAUCCACGUCACCGAUCAAACCGAUUGCUGAAGAGGCACCGUUUCUGAAGAAAAUCAAGCCCGAAAAGACCCCACCCCCCAGUGCCCCCCGACGGCCGUCCAAGUCGCCCACCAAGCCACCGACGUUGCAUCACGGCUACAACAGCAGCAUCGUAUACGUCGACAUCAAUGGCCACGCGAUACCACCCAUCAACUUUGAGUUUGACGUGGACCAUCCGCCGCUGCCGCGCCCGCACUCGCCACUGCGAACACGGCCAGCGGUUCGCCUCGGACUCUCGUCGCCGCGACUGCCCGAAACCAUCGAGAUGGACGUCGAAGGUCACUGCGUCGAGACGAAGAGUGCGGAUGCACCACGCCGCGUCGCCACGUGGCAGUACGAAGAAAAAUCAAACGUCGAGCGGCUGGCCGAGUGCACGUCGUCGCCGCUCAAAGGAGCGAUUUUGUUUUCACCCUCCACGUACCCGAUCGAGCACCGCUGGAUCAAGCGCAGCCAAGCCCGCGCCUUGCACGAGCUCAAAAAGACGCACGAUGACGCGCCGCUCUACGACUAUUUUCACACGUCGCCACCCCACGAAGACGAGCGUUUGGUGCGAGAGCUCGACCAUUAG